AUGGAGCCUCGUGAUGCUGGUUGUGGUGGUUUGCCUCAGCACACCUCUUCUUCUGGACAACUACUUGUGAGCAAGGAGGCAAAUGAAGACUAUAAACCUGGUACUCAGGAGGGAGCACUGAUCCCCCCAGCGCGUGACAGUUUAGCAACCUCCACUUCAAAGGUGAUGCCAACAGAGGCAAAUAGACUGCACCAAAUGGCAGCUUCUCUUGCAGAGCAGAUCUGUAGCAUGUCUGUAAAAGAUAAACAUUUCUCCCAUGACAGCAAUGUACCAACUAUUGGUUCUGAGCUUGCAGAGAAAGAAAAAGGGUUACUGAGGCAUAAUGAGUUCUCAUCUUCAGAAAGCUCCUCUUGCAGAACAGCACUGACUAAGAACUUGGAAAAGAAUGAGAGAGAGAUGCAAAAGGAAGAGGUAAAAAGGGCUGAGAGUGAGUCAGAAGGGUGCACGAGGCAGCUGGAGAAGCUACACGAAGAAGAGAAGGUUCCUGAGCUUGAUUUAUCUAUUAAUUUAUCUGAUGAUCUGAGGAAAGACAGUUGUAAAAAUUCAGAUGCUCAACAUGUUUUUUCUGCAAAGGCUUCUGAAACAGGCAAAGGAAUGUCAAAGGAACAUGGAGUGGGUUUAAGUGGCUCUGAAAGCUUGAAGUUUGUAGCUGUUACUGAGGAGCUCCAGGGAGCUUUCCUAGAUCAUCAGCAGAAACAACUAUCUCCUGCAGUGAGGGUUGAGAAAGAGGAGUUUAUCCCUGCUGUGACAAACACCACUGAUGGUGCAGCUAAACAACGGGUUGUGACUGACACAGGAGCUCCUUCCUCAUUCACUGAGGGUGCCUCAGUGGAAGUGGAACCUGGAGGAAGCAGGAGUGAAUUAACCAUCUCAGACUUCUCCAUAGAAAGGGGCCAUAAAGUAACAGACAUUUCCCCUUCCUUUAACCUUGUGAGUGAUGGCUUAUUCUCUGUCCACCUUCCUCAUCCAAGCUAUCAGUCUACUCCAGGGAUACUUCUGAGGAAAAAUAUUAAGGCAGAACUUGGUGUCCUUAUGAUCAAAUCAGGUAUUCAGGCCUCUCCUUCCUGCUUAAAUGACGAAACUUCAGAGAACUCCUCUACCGUCACACCUGCAUCUGAUGAGAAGCAACAGUCACUCCAGCGUGCUCAGAAAGCAAGCAAUGAACAUUUGGAGUCCUUAAAACAUCCCCACACUGGAAGGAUUCAGGCUCUCCCAUCACUUAGUUUCAUGGAGAAGGUAGGGGCUUGGAACAUGAGCCAGCCAGAGGAGGCACCUGAUGUGGUGACUUCAUGUGAGGUUUCUCCAGGUGGAGUUUCUCCUAGGAGAGCCUUCAGUGCAAUUGCCAGUUCUUCAAACAAGGUUUUGUCAAUACAACAAAGUGAUAGAGACCCCAAAGAUGAUGUUGCUGCUUCCUCCAGAGAGACAGGUUCCUUGGGAAGAUUGUAUUUCCACACUAACAACUUACUCCUUGCUCACCCUCUUACCAGGUCUCAGUCUGACAACACUGUGAAUGUUUCCGGUAGGAAUGCAUCCUUGGUUGAAGUUCCUCUUCCAUCAGACCCAGCAGAGGCAGUGCAGCCCCUAGAAGCCAAAAGUAACGUUUUAGGAGUGUCUGAAAACAGUUUAGGAGGCUCCAUGACCCAAAAGAUUACAGCUGACAUGGUUUCUGGAUCUAGCAGUAAAGAUGCACAAGAGAACAGUACAGGACAAAGUUCAGACCCAGAUGUUCUUGUUUCCAGUGAAGGACUUGCUCAGCUCCUUAGAGAGGAUGGAGACUCUUCAACUGAUGACCAGAAGAAUUGUGAUGCUCUGGAAAAUCAGUCUCACAAGCUAAAUAUUCCUACUGGCCAUGUCAGAGUGGACAAUUUGGGAGAUAUUUCCCCAGAUAGUUUGAAUCUUCCCAUUAGUUCUGGAGAAGGAAGGCCAAUGAGCUUGGUCUCUGCAAGGGGCUCUUCAGGGGUUUCCAGGCACUUCUUCACCAGUGCAGAAAACAACUUCAUCCCUGUUGAAGCAACUUCUUUGGAAACUCCAGAGGAAGAAGAGCUUGAUAUUGAGGAAAGGAUCCCAAUAUAUCUUCACAACCUUGGCAUUGAUCAGUCACCCGGAACUAUACUGAAGCCAUUUGUGCCCCGAGGACCCAUCAGGGAAGUUGAAUUUUCCCCAUCAGAGCUUAGAACACUGAAGGACUCCACUGACACACUGGCAUGGUCUGUUCCACAGCCACAAGGUAAAUUACUGUCAGCAGUUGAAAUCACUCAGACAAGUUUCAACUUCGGCACCUCCGCUCUCAAUGUGUCUGUACCAACGCACCCAGAGGUUGGCUUUGACACUCUGUCACCCCGUGAACUCUCUCCCUGCCUCUCAAGAUCUCCUGGAGACAACCCAGUGAGUCAGUGCAGUGUGUCAUGCCAUCAUCUGGAGACAACAGCUCCCGAGGCAGAGUGUGCAGCUGUCUCCAAAGCAGCUGAAGCAAAGCAGGAGCUGCAGAGUGUUUCACCUCGCUGCCGUGCUGACAGGGAGAGUCCCAGCCGUGCUGCAAAGAGCACUGAGGAUCUGCCAGCUAAAAAUGAGCCCAAAGAUGCAAACAGCAGCCCACAGAGAUGGGCUGCUGGUUCUUUGGCUGGAGUUAAAAGUGAAGUGGAAGUUGAGAGAGGAUCACAAACUUCAAGUGUAGGUAGUAAGAGAAAUAAGGAUCAAGAAGGUGGUUCUUUGAUGGGAUCUGCUGCAUUUCAAGAAAUACAGAAGCUUUUGGCAGAGGCAGAGGAUAUAGCUGGCAGGUGGAGUGAGCCUGUCUUCUCCACUACCUCUUGUAGAGAAACUGAGCCCCCAGGCAGUGUCACUGAUGUCCCAGGAGGAUUCCAGAGCACGAUGUCUAAUGCUGGUGUAGCUGGAAGCAAGGCAGGAGGCACACGAGAGAGUGACGACAGUAGCAGUGGAGAUUCCCUAGCUGCCCGUGUCAGAAACCUCCUGAUGAGGAAUCCUCCUUCCUUGGAGCCUUUAGGCAGCACCACCAGUGUCCCAGGAGGCUUCCAGAGCACGUUGUCUAGUGCUGGUGCAGCUGGAAGCAAGGCAGGAGGCAUGAGGGAUAGCGACAACAGCAGCAGUGGAGAUUCCCUAGCUGCCCGUGUCAAAAACCUCCUGAGGAAUGGGUCACCUCGGACACAAGUUGUGAAGAGUGCAGAUGAAGAGGAGAGGAAAGCACGAGCCUGGGUGAAGCUAAAACUGGCCAGUCGAUCGCAGGAGUCUGUGUCAGACCUGAACCAAGAGGACCAGCAAAGGAUCCAGGAAAUAAAGGCAGAGCUGCUUCUGAGUGCCAGGAAAUCUGCACGUGCCAAGACUCAAUACAGUUACUUCCAAAGGUUAAUGUUCUUGCCUCUCAUUGGAGGUGCAAUGUUAAAGGACCAGGCUUCAUGGGUCGAUGGUUUGGAAGCUGCUUCUGAGUACAUCCGUGAUGGGGAACAGGACAUUGAGCGUUUCAAAGCUCCAAGUGGCAGGAGAUUUCAGACUGACAAGCACAGACAAACCAUCAGGACUGAGGAUGUUCUAGAGUCAAGCUUAAGACAAGCUGUGCAGUUACAUGGAGCUGAUCCUUCUGAGUGUUGCCUGCUGAAGGAUACUCAGUUUAAAUCCUUGAGUACUGUUUCAACCCCUAUCUGCAACCAGCAUCAAACAGGUCCUACUGGUCACUCUGAUGCUGCUGCUGAACUUCACCCACCAUUGCAGAUGGAAUGGGAUACAUCUACAGUGAGGUCUGCAGCUGCUUCUGAUGCACGAACAGAAGCCCAUCUACUCUCUCAGAAGAAGCUGUCGAUGGAGAAGUGUUCUGAGGAUCUGACCAAGCAAAUCACUUCUAUCACCUUUUCCUCCCGAAAAUGUUUACAUUCUCCAUUGACUUCCAUGGCACUUAGCAGUAGCUUUACUAGAGAUGGUUUUGAUGGGAUAAUGCCUCUGGAGGUUGACUGUGCUAGCACUGAGGAACACAGUCAUGACAAACAACACUGGGAGAGAUCUAAGACCUCUUCUCCAAGCCCACUGCUUGCUGGCUCAGUGUCUAGUAAGAUUGCUUAUACUGCUGAGAAAGACAGGUUUCAUCAUGUCUCUGCUGACAGUAACAGAGUUGGAGCUUAUCAAGAGACAGACUGUUUGUCAGAUCAGGACUCUGAAAGCAUCCAUGUUGAUAAAAGACAGACCCUUAGUGCAAAGAAUCCUGAUAUUCUGCCUCAAGAUGUGACUGACUCGGGCAGGCGAAGUGCCACACUCCUGGGGCUUGGCUGUGAUAGGAGAUGUGGUCAAGAGAUGAGUAGAUGUAAUGAACCCCAUUCCAUAAGCUCUUUCCAGCAGGAGAAAAGCAGCCCAGCUGGCCGUGUCCAGUUCUAUGAGAGCUUAAAAGGUUCAGCUCUACAAACUGAUUUGAUGAAGGGCCGUGUUCAACUGUCAGCAGAAGAGAAGGAAAGUCCUGCUGAUGAAGUGCCUCUCAUUCAGAAAGCGAGAGACCCAAUUGAUGCAUCUCACCACUCAUCUACAGAUGAGAUUUUGUCAACCACAUCUGUAUCUCCUUCCUCACCAAUUAAGAAAGUAUUGUCUUGUGUCCACAUAACUCUUUCCUCAAAGCGUAGUAACUCAGAGCUGCACAGGGAUGUGAAUACUGAAAAUGAGAGGAGAUCAUGGGAUAAACCUGAAGUUAAUACUCAAUCAGUGUCUUUUAAAACUCCAGAAACUUUAACAGAAGCUGUUUCUACGUUAUCACCUCCUGACCAAAGAUCUCCAUCUUUCCCAAUGCCAGUGUCUUCAGCAGAACCCUGCCUCAUGCUCUCCUCUGUCACAAGCACAGCAGGGCAAGAGCUGCCUUCACAAAGCAGUGAGAGACCACAAGUCACUGUUCCAGGUUCAGGGCGAUGUAGUCUGAAGAAUACCUUCAACUCUGGAGCUCCUGCAAGCACUGUGAAAAGCACUUCUGAUGCUGCCACACAAAUAACAACAGAAAGUCCUGUAAAAACCACCUUUUCAGCAGAAAUCUAUGUUAAUUCACAAGACACUAGAAAUGAUGUUCACCAACUGCCUCUCCAGAAAGCACACGAGCUUCCCAACAGUCCAGCUUCAUCUCUUGACAAGAUGUCCUCUUGCCCAAGGCAUGGUGAUCAGCCCAUAUUGCUGCCCUAUAAACCUUCUGGAAGCACUGGGAUGUAUUAUGUUCCUUAUCUAAAGGCAGGAUCCAAACUGUCUCCAGUUAGGUCAGAAAGCAGCGUGGAGAGCUCUCACUCAGGGUCAGAUGAUGCUCUUCCUCCAAGAUUUCAGGCAGAUGUGCUUGGUUUAAGGGAUGGUACUCCUCCAGACAGUACAGCUCUCAAACAUCAAGAAGGGAUCUACAGUAAGAGGGCCAAGUCCAAGCUGGCCUGGGCUGAGGACCAAAUGAUGCCAUCAGAUGCUUCCACAGAUCGACUGGCCAGGGUCCUUCAGAAUCCCCUUAAGCAUACACUGAUACCAGCAACAUCUGACAAGAGUGCUUCUGGAAAGAAAAUAAAGGGAAGAGAACAGGAGAAAAUCAGAGUGCCAGAAAAAAGCAUGUCUGAAAGUACCUCAGAGCCUGAUGCAACACAUGUUGAAGGAAGACCACGCAUCACCCAUGACAAAAAUAGCUUUGUUGAGCUGAGGAAAAACAGGUCAGGAGAGAAAAUCAUCUGCCACAUGAAGAACGUUUUGGAGCAGCAGCAGUACUUGGAAACUCCAAGUGACACCUCCUCCGAGGCAAGGCUUAGUGGAGAUCAUGGCACCACCAUCAGUUCCACCACCUCAGAAUCAGAUGCAGUGACCCAAACAGAGAUGGAAACUGUCACUCAGACUGAGUUGAGCAGUUCCAUUUCCACCAUCGAUACUGCCAGGCUGAUCAGGGCUUUUGGCCAUGAAAGAGUUCGGGUGUCCCCAAGGCUCUCCCAGCUUUAUCAUACCAUCAACCACCAGAGAAGUCGCUCUGAAAAGUGGGACAAGGGCAAAGCAGUGGGUGUGGAGUAUCCAAAGGCCAUUUCUGAGAGGCACAAGAAGAGGAAAGAGAUCCAGACUGCCAUCUCCCUUUCUUCAGAUGCAACUUCUGCAAGCAGCACGUGGGGCCCCAGCUCUGCUCUUAGUAACAAGCGACGGGCACGGAUGCUCAACAAAGGUAUCCAAGCAGGAGACUUGGAGAUUGUCAACAGCGCAACUAAGAAAAACACUCGAGAUGUUGGGGUGACUUUUCCUACCCCAAGAUCAAACCAGCCAAAGGAACAGCCCCAGGAACCCUGGCACUGCAUGGAUGGUAAUUUUGGAGAGUCAGAUGGUAUGGUCACAGCUCAGCAGGCAGCAGGCAGCAAGGGGAAGCAGAAGGGACAACCAGGCAAUGUUUUCAUGGAGAAAAGGACAAAAAGGAGCAGGCUGCAUUUACCACAAGGGAUUUCAUGGUUUGUGCAAGCAGGAGACUUGAAAUCUGAAUCUAGGAAAGAAAACCAUUCCAAUUCCUUGUCUGGUCCUGGUCCAUCUUGGUUUGAGCCAUUCACCAGCACAAAACCUUGGAGAGAGCCUCUCCGUGAGAAGAACUGGCAGGAGCAGCAGCACAGCAACGUGGUUCAGGCAGGAGUUCCAGGAAGAGACCCUGAGAAUAGGUCCACAUGGCCCUAUGUAAAGCUCACGCUGCAGGAGGCUCUUGCAGUGCAUCGCCCCGACUUCAUCUCCCGCUCUGGAGAGCGUGUGAAGCAUCUGAAGCUUGUCAUGGAGGAGAGGAAGAUACAGAGUGUGCUGCAGUCCCAACGGGAAGAGCUGUUUAACCCUCCAGAGAAAAGAAGGGGCUACAGGACUGCAAGUCACAUGCUGUCUGACAGAGGAGAUGCUGCUUGUGAUAAAGGCAUUAUGGGAUGUGGGAAUUGCCAGUAUCACAACUGCUACAUAUUCCACAG